CUUUCAGGUGUGAGUGUCAUGCAUAGGUCUAUAAGUAGACCAACUGCAGUUGACCAAUUGCAGGGAAGUCACAUGCAGCACAAAUGUGCCAUGUCAUUACUUGGUGUUGUGGAGUGCUGUAAUAACAUGAAUGAAUGAAUUAUUACAACAGUGUCCAGUAGGAUUUUGCUCAUCCCAUGGCAGACCGAUACUCAAAGUUUGUUGAUUAUUUUGUCAUUUGUGGCUUGAAUCCUUCAUGCAACCUUGAACCAGAUGAACUGGCAGGAGACAAUUUUGAUCGCUCCCCAAUGGAGCGAUCCUUCAAGUCCAGAGUACUGGCACAUUUCCCUGAUUCAGUUCCUUGGAAUCCAUUUGACCGAGAUGCCAUCUCCAUGAUGUGCCUACCUCAUGGAAUGAGAUUCAUAACCCAAAAACAGAAGGCUGAUCCAUAUUUCCAUGCUUUCCUCAUCACUAGAGAAGAUGGAUCAAGAUAUUAUGGGUUUUCUUUCACCUUCUUUGAAGAAGUCAUCGAAGCAGAUAUCUGCAAUGAUUUAUAUGCACUACAGGGAAUAUAUCUAGCAGAAAUGUCUCAAGGUAGAUCAGGGAUGAAGGCAGCAGCACUGGAUGGAGCCCAUAAUUCCCGAUCUCUGCCAAGACACUUUCGUCUUUCUGUGCACCAGGAUGAGCUUAGUGGAAGUGGGAAGUAUUAUUAUGACCGUGAAAAGGAUACUCUGUUUGCUCCAAAAAGCAUUGCCCUUAUUUGCCAGACACCUUUUGCUCGUGCUGCAAGAGAAUUCCUUGUUGCAUUGCAAAAAUCAGUGAUGAAGGACCUCAAUGACCACCUGUGCAUAGAGAAACUCAUCUUCCCAAUUCUUCAUGAAGUGAGCAUACCCCAUCCAGGACAAAGCCUUACUUGGAAAUUGCCUGAAUCCCUUCCUGCUCUGCGGCUUCAUUAUCCAGAUCCUGCUUGUGAACUUCCCCUCUUAGACUUCCCUAUCAGGGAGGUUAUUGAGCUACUUGGUACUGAGAAUUUCCUGCAGCUCUUCACAUGCCUUCUUCUGGAAAACCAAGUCCUUCUCUACUCCAAAGAGCUGUACCGCCUGAUGCUGGUUGCAGAGUGUGCAACAGCUGUCUUAUUUCCCUUCAUGUGGCAGCAUGUGUAUGUCCCUAUUGUGCCUGCUUCUCUCUUGCACUUCCUUGAUGCCCCUGUGCCAUUCCUCAUGGGACUGCAUGGAACACACAAGUCUCAACAGCAGGCUUUUGGAGAGUGCAAUUUGUGUGUGGUGUAUGUGGACAAGGGAAGAGUGGAUUUACCAGAGGAGAUUCCAAGCUUCCCCCAUCAAAAACAGCUCAUUCAUGAGAUCAAUUCCAUCUUAUCGCAAUAUGGCAUUCAGGGAUCUUUGGACAAGAAUCUGAAUGAGAGAAGUCCUGCUCAUGGGAGACAUAGAAGAAGGAAACCAUCAUGGAAUCGGGAUGCAGUGCUACAAAAUUCUGACACUCUCCAAAGAGUACAGGCCCUUGCUGCAAAGUCAGGUGUGAAAACAGGAUUGGAACACCUCUGCUUAUCUGAUUGGGAUCCAGAUGGUUCUUAUGUCAAGGAUCUGAAGAUAAACAGUGCUAUCAGGGAAGUCUUCUUCAAUCAGUUCAUCCACAUGUUCUCCCCUUAUGAACACUUUGUCAUCCAACCCAAUCAGGACUUGGACAGUUGGCUGAGUAACCGGGAGUCGGUCCAGAACUUUGACAAGGCUACCUUCCUGUCAGAUCAGCCCCUCCAGCACUUCCCAUUCAUGUCUAGGUUUUUGGAGACUCAAAUGUUCACUUCCCUCAUUGAUAGCAAGAUUCUCAAAUCCUAUGACCAGCAAGAUGACUUAAAUGUAGCUCUCUUUGAUGCUCGUAUUCGUGCUCUCAGAGACACUCAAGAAGAUGGACUCACCCACCGGACAUCGUAUGAGAACUGCACAACUGUUGAAGAGACAGAGGAAUUGUUAAUGCGAAGGAUCCAAUCAAGUGAAGAGAUUUUAUGCUUAGCUGCACCACCACUGGAGGAAUGCAAGAGUUUCCAAGGUCCAUGCACUUUCUUCCCUCUGCCUGACCCUGAGGUCCUAUCCCGUGGUGCUUUCAGCAUCACCAUCAGGAAGGAGAAAGGGGUUAAGAGGAAAGAGGAGGGUUCUGGAGAAGGUGUGAAACGAAGGGAGAAAAGACGAGCACCCCCACCAGAUUCUAGUCGACCUCGGUCCAUGUCCAUCAAGGACAUGAGUCCUGCUGUUCUUGCCCAGAACAAUUGGAAAUUUGUUGAGCAGCUACUUAAGGAGUGCAAGAGUCGCACAAAACGUCUCCUAGUUGAGAAGUUAGGCAUGGAGGCAGUGGAGUUAGGUCAUGGAGCUGAUCAGUCUCUCAUUGGAAUGGAAGAAAACACUCUGAUUGCUGGUCUCUGUGAUCUUGUAGAACGAAUCUGGUCUCAUGGACGACAGAACAAACAGGGAAAGUCAGCACUGUGGUCCCAUCUGCUCAGCUUUCAAGAGCUUGCAGAUCCCAUCCAGGGAGUAGAUCCAACUUAUCUUACACCAGCACUGGCUUGGGUGCUUCUGAGACGCCGACUCGACCAACUGACAGCUGAAGCAGGGGAUUACAGUGGAGAGACAGGGACAUGGGGUCGAGGCAACACAGGACGUUCUCCCUCAGCACCUCCCACACCAAGAAGUACAUCAAGAGCUGAGGGGAGAAUCUCAUUUGAUCGACGAUCUCGUGGGCAAUCUCCUGAGCCCUCAGUACUCAGAAAGCUUCCCAUUUCUGUCACCUUUGAUAUGAGGAAUGUGCAAAGCAUGGAGGAGAUCAAGACACCAAUAGGUUAUGCUAGGGCAUGGAUUCGCCUAGCCCUCGAAAAGAAGCUCUUGUCACGACACUUUCGGGAACUGCUCUCAAACCAGGAUCUCCUAAGGGGUUCAUACAAACGCUAUGCCUUUCUACGUUGUGAUGACGAACGGGAACAAUUCCUGUAUCACCUUCUAACUCUGAAUGCUGUUGACUUCUUCUGCUUCACCAACACUUUUCAUAACACUGUGAUACCAUAUCAAGUGAUAAUCAUCCCAACAAGGAAGAUGAGUGCAAGCACUACUACAGCAAACGUAUGGGUGCGAAUUGCCGGCACACUUGGGGAAACAAAACCUAUCCAGGUCCCCAGGGGAUCCAACCAGAUGUUUUUCCAGCACAAGAAUUUGGGAAUCUUAUCAACAUUGAGUAUUGGUCAUGAUGAUUCAGGCAUGUCCCCAAACUGGAUGGUGGAACAUGUCAUAGUCCGCAAUGAAGUCACUGGCCACACUUACAAAUUCCCUUGUGGGCGGUGGCUUGGUCGUAAUGUGGAUGAUGGCUCCAUUGAGCGUCUGCUGGUGGGAGAACUGAUGCCUCUGGCAGCAAAUGAUGCCAACAUAGUGGAAUCCUGCCGAGGACCCCCAUCAAGGCCUCGAAGCCCCUCCGUCUCCCGUCGCAGCACUGUCGGACAGUUGCAGAAUAUGCUGAGUGAUGCUGUGAAUUCUCUGGUCAAACACUUUCACAAGGCAGAAAAGGAACGUGGAAAUCUCACCAUACUUCUGUGUGGGGAUGGAGGACUUGUACCUUCCCUUGAACAAGUGCUUGGUUUUGGAUUCAAAUCUUCGCGUUUUUUCAGCCGAAACCUAUAUUUGUGGGACUACCUUGUCAGAGUACAAGCUUUUUAUAUCACCAAUGUGAAGCAGAACAAGGCCGAAGGAAAACGUCCCACAAAUCCAGAGCAUUAUCGCAUCAUCAAGUCCUUUUGCCUUUUGGUGGACCGAAUCGGUAAAGCCUCAUCCACUCUUGGGAAGGAUGAUCGCUUUCAGCUCUUCAUUGUCCUUUCUGUUCGGGACCACCUGUUGUCAUGUUUCUUGGAUCCCCUGGCUGAAGCCCCACCCACAAGUCAAAUGUUUGAAGAAUACUGCUUCCUUCGGGAUCCAGAACUGCGAGAGUUCCUGCAGAAACUCCUGAAUACCCUCCAUGAAUUCAACAUGGUAGUGGAAGGUUCCCUAACAAAGGGAAUUGCAUCUCCAUCAUACAACUGCACUGUUAUGCGACCCCCACCUUCUCCCAGGAGAAAACCUUGAAAGUCUUGUCAUUUUCCAACUCUAUUUCAGCUACUAAACUGGGUUGAACUCCUAGAUAUGAAGCUGUGGUUCAAGCCUUUUUUUUUUAAUCCACCUUUGUGCUCAUGUACAAAGAGUACUUCCUGCCACUCAUUCUGAUGGAAACUUUGAACUGCCAUCUCCAAUACAUGUACUUCCCAAUUUGGUCUCAUAUCCCAAGAUGUUCUUUCUCUGAUGUUGUCUGUGAUACGAAGGAACAAUUCUCAAUGAGGAAAACAAGUGUGUUUAGUCAAUUGAGGUAUAUUGCAGCCAUUAUUGGCCAUCAAUUGGUUUUUGACACCAUUAUAUGCAUUGUAAGUCAUUGUCUGUUAGGUGUAUGUAUUCUGUCUUGAUUUGAUAUUGGACUUUAUUCCAAAGGCUGGAAGAGCAGGUAAGGUUCUUCUGUGAUGCAGGGUCUUUAUUUACGUAUUCAGUGCAAUACAGAUACAUAAAUAUCUCAUGUUCUUUACCUGGGACAGGUAAUCAUAUCAUGCUGGAUGGGCUCUUGUCAUUGGGCUGUUUUUUUUCCUCAUUUUGCAUGGAUGUGUUGGUCAACUCUUGCAUUUAGUAUGUAAGAGGUACAGGAAACAUGUCUUGCCACCUUAUUCUUUUCAGGCUAGUCAAGAGGAGGUCCAGGAAGCCCAAAUCUGGUCUUGUAUCUCAUACAAAGAGCAAAACAGAAAGUGAUUGUCUCAAGUCCUAGUAAUAUUGCAGUAGUCACCCCUCAUAAUGCUUUUCCUAUGUUACCAGGGGAAUAAAGAAACUUUGAU